CAGUCCAGGAGAAGCGCUCUCGGCCAGCGAAUUGCUCUACUCAAAGCUCAAACCUCGAUAGCAAACCGGCCAGCCGGCCUUCGGAUCUUUGAUUGAACUUAAAGACUUGUCUCCAAAGAGAACUUCACAGCCUCAAUGGCAAAGUUCCCAAACUGCCAUUGGAUCCUUUUCUUCUUCUACUACUUCUUCUUCGUGUGCCUGGACCACCUGAUCCUUGCCCAGAAUCAACAAGAUUCCCAACCCCAACCCAGCACUGAGCAUUCUAUUCAGGUCCGGUUGGCAGGAGACAAGAGGAAGCACAACGAAGGGCGGGCAGAAGUCUACUACAACAACCAAUGGGGCACCAUUUGUGAUGACGAUUUCUCCAUCCACUCGGCCAAUGUGUUCUGCAGGCAAUUGGGCUAUGUGGAAGCUGUCUCCUGGUACCCUGGCUCCAAAUAUGGCAAAGGAGAAGGCCCCAUCUGGUUGGACAACCUCUACUGCACUGGCAGAGAGUCAUCAAUAGCUCAAUGUACCUCCAACGGAUGGGGUGUGUCAGACUGCAAGCACACUGAGGAUGUGAGCGUGCUCUGCAGUGAAAAGAGGAUCCCCGGCUUCAGGUCUGAGGACCCUCUGCUCAACCAGAUAGAGAACACAAACAUCAAAGUAGAAGAUGUCCGAAUACGGGCCGUUUUUUCAGCCUCUCGCAAACGCAUCCCUGUAACAGAGGGUUACGUGGAGAUCAAAGAAGGGGGCACUUGGAAGCAGAUAUGCGACAAAAACUGGACCACCAAAAAUUCCCGUGUUGUCUGUGGCAUGUUCGGGUUUCCAGCAGAGAAGAAAUACAACAUCAGAGCCUACAAAACCUCAGCAAGCAGAAGAAAGCAUAAAUACUGGGCUUAUUCUGUGAUUUGCAAAGGCACCGAAUCACAUCUCUUUAGCUGCAAAAUGGGCGAUCGGAUCAUGACACUUGGUGGGAACGUUACCUGUGAGAAUGGGAUGCCUGCAGUGGUCAGCUGCAGCCCUGGACUAGCGUUUUCCCCGGGCAGUCAUAGUGGCUUCGGCAAAGCUUUCCGUGCUCAGCACCUCCUGGUGAGGCUAAAGGGUGGAGCCCAGGUUGGAGAAGGCCGGCUUGAAGUGUUGAUGAAUGGGGAAUGGGGGACCAUUUGUGAUGAUGGGUGGAGCCUACAUUCAGCCAGUGUGGCCUGCCGAGAAUUGGGCUUUGGAACCGCGAAGGAGGCCAUCUUGGGUGCAAGACUUGGACAAGGCAUUGGCCCUAUCCAUCUCAAUGAAAUGGACUGCACAGGGUUUGAAAAGUCUAUUACAGACUGUAAAUUCAGCAAGGAGAUCAGGAGCUGCACCCAUGAAGAAGAUGCUGGUGUGAGAUGCAACAUCCCAGCGAUGGGCUUCCAAACCCAGAUACGCUUGAAUGGCGGCCGCACACCCUAUGAAGGCCAAGUGCAAAUUCUCCACGAACACAAUGGCACAUUGAUAUGGGGGUCCAUCUGCGGUGAAGGAUGGGAUAUAAUGGAUGCCAUGGUGGUUUGUCGCCAGCUGAAUCUCGGCUACGCUAGCCAUGCAUUCCAGGAGACCUGGUAUUGGUAUGGAGACACUGAUGCAGACAACGUGGUCGUGAGUGGGAUGAAAUGCUCUGGGACAGAAAUGGCUUUGUCUCACUGUCCUCAUGAUGCCAAGGUCUCUUGUCCCAAGGGAGGCGGACGCUACGCAGCUGGUGUUUCCUGCACAGAAACUGCGGCUGAUCUCGUCCUCAACGCCAAAGAAGUAGAAGAGACAUCCUACCUGGAGGAUCGGCCCAUGAAUGUGCUGCAGUGCGCCAUGGAAGAGAAUUGCCUGGCCUCCUCCGCGGUCAAUACCUCGGUGACACACGGUAUCAGGAGACUUUUCCGCUUCUCCUCUGAGAUCCAUAACAAUGGGCAGGCCGACUUCCGUCCCAAAACGGGCCGCCACGCUUGGAUCUGGCACGAAUGCCACAGGCAUUACCACAGCAUGGAAGUCUUUGCCCACUAUGACCUGCUGGAUAGCAACUGGACACAAGUUGCUGAAGGCCACAAAGCCAGCUUUUGCCUGGAGGACAGUAACUGCAUAGACGGUGUCCAGAAGCAGUACGAAUGUGCAAACUUUGGGGAGCAAGGGAUCUCUGUCGGAUGCUAUGACGUGUAUCGGCAUGAUAUUGAUUGCCAGUGGAUUGACGUUACCGAUCUGAAACAAGGAGACUAUAUCUUUCGGAUCAUUGUUAAUCCGAACUUUGAAGUGGCAGAGUCUGAUUAUUCCAACAAUGUUAUGCUAUGUAACGUCAGGUAUGGAUCACUACGUGUGUGGGUGUACAACUGCCAUAUAGCCAACUCUUACUAUGAACCAGACCAGAAAGAAUAUUUCACUGGACUUUGGAACAAUCAGGUGUUUUAAUUUUAGAGUCCCUCUGUUUUAAAGAAAAAAAGAAAAAAAAAAGGAAGGGCUUUCUCCAUGAUUUCCCUAACCACUGCUCAGAAAACUGAAGUUAUCAAGCAACCAACCACGAAUGUUUCACGUUAGCUCUGUAAGUUAUUUUUCAAGGGUGUUACUCCAAACCUACUUUGCAAUGUUUAGCAGAAGGAGACCGCAACGGCAGGCUCAAAUUUCACACCAUACCAAGAGAAGGAAAGUUUUGCACUAGCUGUAUGACUUUGCUUCCCUCCGAGUCCUUCAACCCUUGCAAACUCUCACACUCUUGGUCCACUGCAGCAUCCAAAGGGGCACCUGAUUGACAGCUCUGCAAGGAGGUUUGAUGCUCCGCGUUAUCUUUUUUUGAGGACUUCUCUUACAGCCUUGGUAGUUUGUCUCGCAGACAUUCGAAAAUCUGACUCUAUGCCACUGGUGGAAGGUCGCCUUUCUUCAUCUUAGCCUGCUCACAUCUCCAAGAACACGGGUGAUACCAGGGGUGGGAAUCCUACCAGCAUAACAACCAGUUCGGUGAGUGUGCGUGCACAGUGCUUGUAAAUCAACUUCUCCUGCAAGCAGCAAUCUUCUCCUGUGCCGCACAAAGCAACAAAGGUUCCUUUAGCAGGGAAUAAAGGACAGCCUA